CAUUCCUAGCCCGAGAUGUUGCUAGUGCUUUUGCUGGCGCUCGCACUCAACACUUUGCCAACUGUCGUGCAAGGCCUAGGUGUACCAUACAGCUUGGUGGUGCUCGGACAUGACAACCUAGUCAACGACAAGAUGUCUCGAAUUUGGGACUCCGACGACAGCACUUGUUUUUCGAUGCCGUCAGAGCUGAACGAGACGUUGGCAUCCGUCCGGCUUUUCCUCGACCCGCCCAUAGACGUUGGCCUCGUGAGAGUUGUGUCAAAACCACAACCGAAUGUUGUGUACUACCUUCUUGUGGACAACAGCAAUGGAUUCCCGACGGCUGAAAAGGACGACUUAGAAGGCAACGUAUGGAUCUAUGGCGGAGAGCUUUCGGCCAAGGUUCGUGGUGUCGACAUACACAGCGUAACCGAACUGUGCGAAGUGUCCAUAUUUAACAUCAGCGACAAGAUAAACAAAAUGGAUCUGUUACCACAAGCUUCAGGGCGUGCAGCAUCUUCACGGCAACCAGUGGUCAAUGGAAGACUUUCGUGGAGGGUCAUUUUGUAUGCCACUUUGCCAGUAAUGGCCGUUGCAGCGAUACUGGCAGCAGUACUUUUCUGGAAAAGGAGAAAAGUUCCCUGCCUCCCUGCGAGCUACGCGUCCGGACUGCAUCCGGCGAAGCGGCAGGGUAGAAGAUCCCUGCCACUGCCACCGGACGACGAAGAAGACGAUAGUGUGCCUACAUUCGACACCAGCGACACGGCAGCUCUCUUCCACAGCCGCAUCUCUGGCCAGCCCGAAUGGACUCAGUCGCACAGGAAUGGCACUCAUCAGCGGCUCCAAUCCCCGACAUUAUAUCCGACCUGCGUUCGCCAACCACUUGCUCGAAGUGUCUCACGAAUAUGCGACACUGGAACCUCCAGCUGAAAGGGACACCAAUGUCAAGCACCCAAAUGUUUGAGCUACAAGGAAAAAAAAUCUAGAGAGCCUUCAUUUUGUGUUAUGCUUCAUUAAACCAAUGCUAGAGGAAAAAAACACCAAAUCAU